CAGAUGAACGUUCGCUCAAGAAAUAACUCGGCAAUGAGCGCCGUCUCCAGGGACCUCUGGUGGAUGGCAGCGGGAUUGCUGCUGUGCUCCUGGAAAGUGACGGCUUGGGAAUGGCCCGUAGAAAGUGACAGCGACGCGCCGACUGCCCCGCCCGCCCCCGUGGGGCAACAGGGCUACCGUCGCUACUUCGCCAACGACUCCCUCAUCGGCCGCCCCGUGCCCUGCACCCGCGAAGACAAGAUCUGCUUCCGACACAACCUCGUCUACUACCCCAGUCAAGAGAGAUGCGAUUACAUCGGGCGGUAUUUCGUAGACUGUUAUGCAAACUCGGGGUGUUACUGUAAACUCACGGUGAACAGAACGGAGCUGGAGUUCGGAUCCGGUCGUCUUGUUGGCUCUUGUCCGAAGUACAUGGACCCAUGUUCUGGAUAUCGUAUGGCGUACGACGACAAAUGUUACAAGAAGAAGAUAGUGCAGGAGGUCAUUUGCGGAGCGGACGCAGAAAUAACAGUUCACAUUCUAGGAGAUAUGGAAUGUCGGGAUGAACUAUUCGAGCCAAUCUCCAUUCAACAGCCCGAAGAGGACGGUUCUUGCGUGGUUCCCGAUCUUCGGAACCCUGACAUAGAACGAUCGGCAUUCCUUCACAAUCCUUUAGAGUCGUUUCAGAAGAUUUCAAAAGAGAAAAUACCGUCAUUUGCAUGCGAGCCUAGUCAAGCCGAAUGUUUCGACAAGGAGAAAGUGUGGGUUUCGGGAUACGACGGCUGCCACACGCUACUGAAGCAAGGUCCUUGUCCAGACGAUCACCUGGUGGCUCUGGACGUCCAAGCGGCUUUUCAAGGUCGAGCUGAGGGCGUGUGUGCGCACGUGCGAGGGGGGUGCCCCAAGGGUUACAAACGCAUGUUAUUCGACGGAGACUGUCACGAGGACAGGGAGAUUGCAAUACAAGUCCCCGGAAAAAUCACUUUGAACCAAGAUGAUAGUACACCAAUACGUAACCAUAACAACAACAAUACACCGUAA